AUGACUGAACAACGAGUUACACUGAGCGACAGAAGCGAGUUGGCGUACAACGUAUUUAAUGACAGCGCAAACAAGGUCCCACUCGUUAUGAUCCACGGCAUGACCGGGAUAAAGAAUGAUUGGACCGGCACAGCGGUAGAAAUGGCUAGGAUGGCCAACAGGACUAUAGUGACACCUGACAACCGCAAUAUGGGCAAUAGCAAAGGGGAUGUUAAAGGGAUGACUAUCGAUGUCAUGGCCAACGACAUGAUUGAGCUUGUCGAAAGGCUGGGAUAUGAAACAGUGAACUUGCUAGGAUUCUCAAUGGGAGGUAUGAUUGCCCAGUAUAUACUUUUCAACACCACCCGUAAAUUCCAUGUAAACAAGGUAAUCCUUGCAGCCAGCUCUAUACGAUUCCCGCCAACAAAAGUCCUGCCUAACAGCAUUGAAACAUUCCAGUCAUUCGUAGCUGCUGGAUUUGACCCGGAGUGGAGGGAUAGCCAUCCAAAUGAAUUGAAUGAGUUUCUUGAGUCUUUCAAUCAUCCUCAAAGACCAUUGGAAACUAUGCAAGCCCAAGCUAGGGCGAUAGGUGGGCAAGAUACAACAGAAAAGCUGAAAAUAGGUGAUUGGACUGAUUUAAUAUAUGUUUUGCACGGAAAGAGGGAUGAGCUACUGACAUUUGCCUUGGCUGAGCAUGCGCUUUUGACGGUGAAGGGGAGUAAGCUGAUUAAUCUCCAUUCGCUGGAGUUUGGCCAUUUCUUCAUCAUGUAUUUUAUGCCGAAAGACUGGUCUGAUGGUGUUGAGGAGUGUUUAGGCGAGUAA